AUGAUCUUCAUCAGACUGAGAUUAAUCCUGCCGUUGGAGUUUGAAUUGCUACUGGCGCCGUUGUCGUUAUUGCUUGAUCCUGCCCUGUUGGGAGCCGUUAAGGGGCGUGGAAGUGUGUCAAUUGUAAAGACGAGUAUCGGACGUGACAAAAUUACUUAUGUUAUAGAUCACGCCAGCAGUCAGCAGCCAGCAGCCAGCAGCCAGCAGACAGCAGGCGGCAGUCAGCAGCCAGCAGCCAGCAGACAACAGGCGGCAGGCAGCAGCCACCAGCCACCAGCCAGCAGACAGCAGGCGGCAGCCAGCAGCCACCAGCCACCAGCCAGCAGACAGCAGGCGGCAGGCAGCAGCCACCAGCCAGCAGACAGCAGGCGGCAGGCAGCAGCCACCAGCCAGCAGACAGCAGGCGGCAGCCAGCAGCCAGCAGCCACCAGCCAGCAGCCAGCAGCCAGCAGCCACCAGCCAGCUACCUUUACCUGCUAG